UCGGUCGCACCGUGCCUUGCAAAUUACGCAAUGUCUAACAACUGAUGUAAAACACAAGCAAUUUUACCCAACAGUUGGCUAAAUUCCGUGUGUACACACACUCCGAUCGACCACUGACCACUCCGAGAUGCUGCGCACGACGGCGACGAUGGGAUUGAUGGCGGCGGUGGCCGUGAAAGCGGUACCAAGCGAGCCCCAAAAACCAGCCGCCAGUGCUCCCGACUGCAGCCUAGUGUGCCGGCCCAGCGAGCUGCCCAUCUACGGGUCGCUCCGCAAGCCAGAACCCAAGAAGGAGCGCCACACGCCGCAGGAUUCGGUGCUGCACCGCAAUUUGGAGGCCGGCGUUCGCUAUGUGCGCGAGGAAGUCCAGUCGGGAUACAAGGCGGUGGCCGACCAGGCCGGCAUUGUGGGCCAGUACGUGGACACUGCCAAGGCCCACACCCAGCACACCAUCGACCUGCUGAACGAGCCGCAGAAUUCGCUGCAUCGCAGCGGAGCCAUCGUGGUGGGCGGUCUGGCCGGUUUCAUCUUUGCCGCCCGCGGUGGCUUCAUCAAGAAGGUGGUGUACACCGGCAUCGGUGCGGGAGCUGUGGCCUCCCUCUGCUAUCCCCGCCAGGCGGAGGAGAACUGCCGCGUGGUGCUCUACGAGGGUCGCAAGAUCUUCGCCGUGGCCUACAACUUCAUCAAGGGCGUGAAACCGGGCGAGGAGGUGCCCCUGGAGCCCAUCCAGAAGUUCCCCACCUCGCUGGAGGACCUCAAGUAUCUGGCCGGCGAUCUGUACGAGGAGGCCAAGGAGCUGAUCUUCCCCAAGAAGAAGUAAUCCUAAACCAAACACCCCUUCGGCCGUGAAGUGUGCAUCGAUUUAAGUUUUACGGAGCUUGGACUUCUUUCCCGAUUAUGUGAUCCAGCUGGAAGUAGUUAUCUCUUUUCUUGUUGCCAGAAAUAAAUUGGCCUCGCGUCGCAAAAGUGAAAA